UUAAUUUAUUACAAUCUUGGUCUAUUAUGUGCUACCGGUACCGAGCGCUGGAACAAGCAGGUAGCCCUGAAGAUGGCGAGAUUGCGGAAUUAUUUUUAUCUACCGUAAAAAGAAAGAGAAAAGAAAAUGGACGUGAAUCGGGAUGAGAUCGUUAGAGUUUUGAGACAGGAAAAAACAAGAUCGAGAACAAAGGUGAGGCGAGAGUGACGUCAUAGACAUCGACGUAGGCGUCGAUCAGGAGAGAAACAGAGAUGGAAUAAAAAAGAUAAAGAUCUUUUAAUAACCUUCCCAGAAGGCACCCGAGAGAGAAAAAGAGAGAGAAAAAGAGAUAAUACACAGGGAAUUCGCAUUAUAAGAUAUCGUUAAAUCAUAUCCCUGGGGAUACCCUACGUGAGCUAGACAAAGGAAUACCGUCUCAAUAAGGAAUACCCUUGGAAACAAUCUCGUCAUGUCUGGCGAUGGCUUCUGAGAGCCCUUUAGUUUCAAUUCGUAUAAUGAUUGCAAAAUCGCAAAUAUCGUGACACAAGAAUCUCAUGCGUGCUGCAUGGGCACGUCUGGAUUGCACACAAUUACAGAUGUUAUUUUCUGAGAAAUUAUUACAUUACUCGAUUCCUGGAUGUAAUAUUCUGCACAUGAUACAUGUUAUAAUACGAGGCAGCUUAUAUAAAGUGAAAACAAUGAAAGUAGCGACUUUCCUUAUAUUGAAAUCCACUAAGAAAUUUAACAGUAUGUUCCAGAUCAUUUAUUUAUAAAUUUGAAGCGAAUAGACAAGCGCUGAAAGAAAAGACGAAAUUGGUGAAGCUGCUUUCUGAUCUUCAAGAAUCAAAGAUUUGCAACUGCAGUCAAAAUCAAUUUCUAGCAAUCCCCCGCUUUAGUUUCUCUCUUGGAAGCGUCGCUCUGAACGGUCGGCACGAUUUUAUUAAUACCCGCGGACGAUGCCAGAAAGUGAAGAAAAAGUCUCGAGAGAGACGGCGCAGCUUGAGCACCAAAAAUAAUCAGACCGGAGGUGAAUCUCGUAGCCGGUUUGUCCCAGUGGCAGAUGCCAUCUGAUCGCGAGGUUUCUUUCAUGGAUAUCCGUGUCUUUUCUAAAAAAGAGUGAAGAAGCGUUAUACGAUCGGAAACGAAUAUCCAUCGCGGAGGAAGGAAAAGAAGACAGGAAAGAGGGACGCGGCUUAGUUUUGUUCAUGCCGACGACGACAGGUCAAUGUCUUGUCUCUUAUUUCGCGCUGAUGUUCGCUGUAUGUCUGGCCAAAGAUGCGCACAUAGUGGGCAGAUGGGCGGACAAGUUGGGUACCGAUUUAUGGGAACUCGCAAACGAAGUUGCUCGACCCGAGGAAUUGUUGGAAAAAUACAGGAGCAUGAACACACGAGUCGAGGACAAGUCCGGAGAAGAAUUAGUCAGCAUAAUCAGCGAGAAUGUAGGUAGGAUGCUGCGCCGGAAGAUGGAUGCUGUCACCUGCAUCCGAAUAGCAGCCGAAGCAGCGACGGAAGAUUGGAACGAGCCUCUUGUGGACGGCAAUUUCUCCUACGUUUCCGGCAAGUGCAGCCCUGUCAACGGGGAGAAUUAUUCAGUGAAUGACACGCAAUGCGACAGGAAGAAUGAGACGAGCAUUCUGUACAGAAACAUGGAUCUAACCGCGGAUUCGCAUUUUUAUAAUAUUCCGGUGAACACAAGCCAUUCGUCGGUUCAUAUACCAACCAACGUAUUCGAUCUCACGGAAGAGGUUGAAGAGGAUAUUAUGAGGACCGAGGUGUUGGAUGAUAUGUUUCGUCAGAAUUACGAGUCCGAUCCCGCAUUAUCAUGGCAGUACUUUGGUUCAGUCACCGGCAUGCUCAGACAAUAUCCCGCCAUGCAGUGGCGAACGAGUGUAGAGGAUGAUGACACUGACGAGAAGCCCGCUGAUCUUUACGAUUGCAGAGUGCGCAGUUGGUUUAUUGAAGCAGCCACAUGCAGCAAAGACGUGGUGAUCCUGAUAGACGUUAGCGGCAGCAUGACCGGCAUGGGAAAGACGAUCGCGAAGACAACUGUGAACUCGAUCCUGGAUACGCUAUCGAACAAUGACCUCGUCACGUUGCUAAAGUACUCGAACGAGACCACCGAGCUGGUGCCGUGCUUCAAGGACAUGCUAAUUCAGGCCACUCCAGAGAAUCUCGACACAUUCAAAAAAUCCUUGGACACUCUCAAGACGGAGGGCCCUGCAAAUCUCACGGAUGCUUUCACCAAGGCGUUCAAUCUGCUUAAGACUUACCGGGAAUCUCGUGGUUGCGACGCCGACACGCCGUGCAAUCAGCUCAUCAUGGUCGUCACAGACGGCAUUGCUGGAAAUCUAACGGAGAUAUUCGAGAAAUGGAAUCGGGAAGAAAACGGUACUCGCAUACCGGUGCGAGUUUUUCCAUUUCUUUUGGGGAUGGAAGUGACCAAGGUGCGCGAGAUACAAAGGAUGGCAUGCUUGAACCGAGGCUCAUGCAAGCACGUGCAUACGCGGGAGGAAGUACGCGAGCAAGUGCUCAAGUACAUCCCGGUUGUGGCGCGUCCCCUGGUAAUUCAGGGCGUGGUGCAUCCUAUUGUGUGGACGCAUGUUUACGCCGAUAUCACGAAUCCGGCACUUGCCGCUUGGCUGUGGCGGGUGAUGGAACAUAAGGAUCAAAAGUCGCGUCUGCAAAAAUACUUCAAGGGAAAACAGCUGGGCGUGCGAAUAAACGAGGAUGCAAUCUACAUAACGCAGCUUGACAAGGACGAGAAUAUUGAAGAGGAUCCGUUCACCCUGAAUACGACUGCCUGGCAGGAAUACAGACUGCUGACUUCCGUGGGUACGCCCGUGUUCGAUCAUAGGAAUAAACAACGCGACAACAAUACACGCGUGGUGAAGGACGCGUUAUUCGGUGUGGCCGGCACAGACGUGCCAAUCGAUGACAUCCGCAAGCUUACGUUACCAUACAAGCUCGGCGUGAAUGGCUACGCCUUCAUCGUGUCCAAUAACGGCUACGUGAUACUGCAUCCGGAUCUGCGGCCAGUCUACAAAGGCCAGCUUAAAAUGAACUAUAAUAGUGUUGACCUCACGGAGGUCGAAGUACUUGACGACGGACGUGGGCCGAGGAACCCUGGUCCUGAAAUAUUGGAGCUGAGAUCAGCGUUGGUCGAUCACAAGAAUGGUAGCAUGAAAGGGAUCCCCGUGAAGUUACAUUACGAUGAUAAUCGUCGUGUCACUCUUGAGAAACGCAAUUACUUUUAUGCGCCUUUGCCUGGCACGCCGUUCGGCCUCGCGGUCGCCUUACCUAAUUAUGGAACGACUUGGAUCAAGGUCGGCGAUGAGAUCCGCCGGAAUCAAAAUAUGAAUAUCAACGUGUCGGACUAUUUUACGGGCGAUCACUGGCGCGUGCAUCCGAGCUGGGUGUAUUGUCGCUACCACUAUUUGGAGACUCACCGGUUCGAUCGUCCCGAGGACGAAGUACGCCAUUUCCUGGCGCUGAUGAGUCGACCCGGUUGGCGCUGGUCCGAACAGUACGAGGCUUAUCCACCCGCGAACGAAGACGGGAUCGAUCAGGAGCCCAAUUGUGGCAGGCAAACGCUCAAGUACGACGAUUACUACUGCAACAAGGAACUUAUGCAGUUGCUAGUGUUCGACGCCAAGGCAACAAAUAACAGUUUCCGCGGCGACUACUUGGAGAACUUGCCGCCCAAGGCCCGAAAUCUAGCAGAGCUUUACGGCAUCUUCAUAAGAUUCAUCGCGACGCAAAGCGGUCUGACUAGAUGGCAUCACCUCAAUAUUAGCAAACUGGCGGAUGCGGAUGACGGCAUUGUGUUCGGCGAUCUUCACAGACGAGCGGUGAAUGAACCUUGGUACAAAGGUGCGAUCUUUCAAAACGAGAUGGAUCCCAACAGCAUCUUUUUAUCCGUACCCUGGGAAGCGGGUACGGAUGCGGUGGUGACGGCGUCGAUGACCCUUUCGCCUAAGGAUGGUGGCAAGAAAGCGCCAGCAGCUGUGGUGGGCUUUCAAAUGUCAAUGGCGGAUCUCUAUAAACGAUUCAUCGCACUUACUUCAGUGACGACGAAUCCCGCCAUGAAUUGCAACAAUAAAUGGAUCGAUUGCUACCUGUUGGAUCAGAACGGCUACGUAGUUAUUUCGGAGGGACAUAACGAUACCGGGCAAUUUAUGGGCACCCUGGAAGGCGCCAUUAUGACGUCCAUGAUCGGGCAAGGUCUCUAUAAUUCAUUUGACAUCUAUGACUAUCAAGCUUGGUGCCAUGAGGUUCGAAUCAGUAACUCUGCCAACAACAUGAUGGAACCGUUGCGAUACGUUGGUAGGCUCUUAGUUUGGUUUUUGCUGCGAUUGAUAUGGUUCGCGACGCAAUUUGUAAAUUUGCCUGGUAUCCACGCCAAAGUCCAUAACGAUGAGGACGCACCUGCACCGUCACCACCACCAACCCGCUAUCUCCAUCACUAUCCUUGCGAUCAGAAACGGACACUUUACAUGCUGAAUGAGACCAUCGCGGCCAAGGGCGUCACCAAUCAUUCCGAUUACUGCUCAAGGCCAUUUUAUGCUCAGAGAGUGACGCAUACGAAUCUCCUUUUGGUCGUGGUGGACAGCAUGUAUCCAACGUGCUAUAAAAGACUGGAAGUAACCCCUGUCAGCAUCUCACCCCUCGAGUACACAAAUAGCACGACCGACAAACCUUGUCACAAAAUUCCGCUGAAUGCUUUAAAGAGGCGUAGGCUGAAAAGUUGCUUCACGGAACAUCCUCUGGAACUUGAAAUUGAUUGCGGAGGAUCCUCUGAAUUGACGAUGUCCCUGUUGUUAUUAUGGAUUACCGUCUUUAAGGCUCUGUAUGCCUUUGUAUGACAAUAAAAACUUAGUCUCAUACACACACACACACACACACACACACACACACACAUUCAUAUAUACAUACACAUACAUUCAUAUAU